AUGGCCCACCAUAUUUUCUUAUUGGGCUUCUUUUCUCUCACUUGCUCUCUUGUCUUGGCCUCCAAUCCAAGCCCUCUGCAGGAUUUUUGUGUGGCCAAACCCAAUAGCCAGGUGUUGGUGAACGGGUUAGCCUGCGAGGACCCAAAACUGGCCCAGGCCCAAGAUUUCUUCUUCAUGGGGCUCCACAAGCCCGGCAACACAUCGAACCCGUUCGGGACUGCAGUCGCACCCGUCUUCGUGGACCAGCUACCUGGCCUCAACACUCUGGGCAUCUCCAUGGGCCGCGUUGACUACGCCCCGUGGGGCGUCAUUCCUCCCCAUAUUCACCCGCGGGCUUCCGAGAUCAUAACAGUUCUAGACGGAGCCAUCGACAUGGGCUUCAUCACAUCCAACCCCGAAAACCGACUCAUUUCCAAGACCCUUCAAAAGGGCGAUGUGUUCGUCUUUCCACAAGGCCUGGUCCAUUUCCAACGCAAUGUUGGGCCUGGGAAUGCCGUUACGCUCUCCGCCCUCAGCAGCCCAAGCCCAGGUGUGAUCACGGUCGCAAAUGCCGUGUUUGGCUCAAGUGGGCCCAUAACAGCUGAUGUUCUUACUAAGGCCUUCCAAGUAGACAAGAAAACAGUGGAUUAUCUCCAGGCCCAGUUCUAUUUAAACUAA